GAAUCCUAAUCACAUUACUAAGCCCCAAAACCAACUUUGCUACCACUGGUCUUCUCUUCUAUAUAAACACCAAUCCUCCUUGCUCCACAUUAGUUUCAUCGAUCUAACAUAUCCCCCAUUUCACUGCCAAAGCCCAUCUCAUAUAUACUCAUACACGGAGGAAGAGGGAGAAAGAAGUUGCACAUUUGCAUGGAGAUUGCUUCUAUUUUAAUAUACAUACGCCUCUUUCUCUCUAGUCUGCUCCCUUAUCUCUUCAUCAAGAAGAAAACUAAGGUAUCCAAACCAAGAGCUAAGCUUCCUCCUGGUUCAACGGGGUGGCCUUAUGUAGGUGAAACCCUACAGUUAUACUCUCAAGACCCAAAUGUCUUCUUUGCAACAAAGCAAAUAAGAUAUGGAGAGAUAUUCAAAACCCACAUACUUGGGUGCCCUUGUGUCAUGUUGGCUAGUCCGGAGGCUGCAAAGUUUGUGCUGGUGACACAUGCUCACUUGUUCAAGCCAACAUACCCCAAAAGCAAAGAAAGGCUAAUUGGACCUUCAGCUCUCUUUUUUCACCAAGGGAAGUACCACAAUCAGAUAAGGAAGCUAGUUCAAGGUUCAUUAUCUCCAGAUACAAUCCGGGAACUAAUUCCAGAUAUCGAAUCCAUAGCCAUUUCUGCUUUGGAAUCAUGGGCUGAUGGGCAUAUCAUCAACACCUUCCAUGUGAUGAAGAAGCUUUCUUUCCAAGUAGGCAUUCUCUCUAUCUUUGGUCUCCUGGACCGCAACUACAGAGAGAAGCUAAAUGAGAAUUACCACAUACUAAAUAAAGGUUACAAUUCUUUUCCAACAAACAUUCCUGGAACUGCCUAUCAAAAAGCUCUUUUGGCAAGGAAAAGACUUAAUCAAAUUCUGGGUGAGAUCAUCUGUGAAAGGAAGGAGAAAAGAAUGGUAGAGAAGGAUCUUUUGGGUCGUUUUCUCAAGUUCAAAGAUGGAAAUGGGCAAAUUUUAACUGAAGAUCAGAUUGCUGAUAACAUUAUAGGAGUACUUUUUGCAGCUCAAGACACUACUGCUACUGCUCUAACAUGGAUUUUAAAAUACCUCCAUGACAACCGUAAACUCCUAGAAGCAGUUAAGGCUGAGCAAAUGGCAAUAGACCAAGCAAAUAAUGGAGGAAAGAAGUCAUUGACAUGGACACAGACAAGGAAUAUGCCACUUACGUAUAAGGUUAUAUUAGAGAGUUUAAGAAUGGCAAGCAUUAUAUCUUUCGUCUUCAGGGAAGCAAUAAUUGAUGUUGAAUAUAAGGGAUACCUAAUACCAAAAGGGUGGAAGGUGAUGCCACUGUUCAGGAACAUUCAUCACAAUCCAGAAUUCUUUCCUGAUCCUCACAUUUUUGACCCAUCAAGGUUUGAGGUUUCUCCAAAACCCAAUACCUUCAUUCCAUUUGGCAAUGGAGUUCACGCUUGUCCUGGCAAUGAACUCGCCAAGCUGGAAAUACUCAUCUUGGUCCAUCAUCUAGUAACCAAAUUCAGGUGGGAAGUGGUGGGAUCAGUGGAUGGGAUUCAUUAUGGCCCAUUUCCAGUGCCCCAGCAAGGAUUACCAGCCAGAUUUUGGCAAGAACCAACUAGCUUGAAACAAGAUUGAUUAUGGGGUUUGCCCUUAGAUUAGUGCAUAAUUCACAUAUUUAUGUAAUAAACAUAUACUAAUUAAUCAUUGCCUGAUGAGAAAUUGUUGUCUCCAAUAUAACCCCUCCAUGCAUAAUUCCACUUGCGGUUGGAAACUCAUUUGGUUUUUAUUAUUUUUCAAUAUUAUCCUGAUUAGCAUAGUAUGUUAUGUCA